AUGCACCACCGACAGUGUUCAGUCAUGCAGCUCGUUGGCCUGUGCAGUGGUCCCCAGAGUUCACCACUACUUUGGUUCAGCAACAGCAGAGGUUUGGCCUGGUCUCACAAUUUAGCCGUGUUCAUUGAAGACAUCAGCAUUCCUAUUGUGGUGUGUGCACAACAGACAUUCUUUACAGGCAUUCACCAUUUCAGGGAUGUUCUGGAAGGCAACAAUGGCUCACUGUAUUUUUGCUUGAAAGCGACGAACUUGGCAUUGGAUACUGAUAUGAUACAAUCCACCUGGGAGCAGGGCCAGGUCGCUUUUUUUGGGAAGUGUUCAGGCUCACAGUGGUGUUGA